AUGAUUAAAAACAGCGUGGAUAGCAGUGAUUAUAUGAGAAAUGGUGACUUUUUACCAACAAGACUUCAUGCACAACAAGAUGCUGUUAAUCUUGUUUGUCAUUCUAAAACAAGAUCAAAUCCGGAAAAUAACGUUGGACUUAUUACAUUGUCUCGAAACACCGAAGUGUUAGUGACAUUGACAUCUGAUGUGGCAAAACUGUUGGCUAAAUUGCACCAGUUGAGGCCAAAGGGAGACAUUAAUUUCGUUUCAGGAAUUAGAGUGGCCCAUUUAGUUUUGAAACACAGACAAGGCAAAAACCAUAAAAUGAGAAUUAUAGCUUUUAUUGGCAGUCCCAUUGAAGAUUCAGAAAAAGAGCUCGUUAAAUUAGGAAAAAAGUUGAGAAAAGAAAAAGUCAACGUUGACGUCAUCAAUUUUGGCGAAGAAUCCUACAACACAGAGAAGCUGACGGCCUUUAUUAACGCUAUUAAUGGAUCAGAUGGAUCUGGUUCCCACCUUGUUACUGUUCCCUCUGGUCCUCUGUUAUCAGAUGCACUUUUAUCAUCACCAGUGAUUGUUGGUGAGGAUGGAGCAGGAGGGAUAUCAAGUGGUUAUGAAUUUGGAGUUGACCCAAACGAAGAUCCAGAGUUGGCUCUAGCUUUACGUGUUUCUAUGGAAGAGCAAAGGGCUCACCAAGAAGAAGAAGCUAGACGAGCUGCAAGAAAUGCUGCUAGAACAGUCGUUAGCACCAUACAGGAAGAAGCAUCGGAUGAAUUGCUGCUAAAACAAGCUCUUGAAAUGUCUAUGCAAAAUAAUGCUGAAAAACAGGAGAAUGUUCCUACUACUUCUAAAAGUAUAUCUGAUAUGACCGAAGAUGAACAGAUGGCUUUUGCGCUUAAAAUGUCGAUGGAAGGUGCUACUAAACUUUUUCAUCAACAACUAUCACACAUUUUUGUAGACCUUGAAAAAGCAUUUGACCGAGAAGAAACCAAAAUGGAAGAAGAUGACAUGACUGAAGUGUUGAAUGACACUGAUUUUCUGAGAAGCGUGUUAGAGGGGUUACCGGGUGUUGAUCCUCAAAGUGAGGCAGUCAAGGAAGCUGUUAGUCAAUUGUCUAAAAAUAACGAAGAACCAGAAAAAAAAAAUUCAAAAAAGAAAGAUGACAAAUAA